AUGGGCAACUAUUUGGCGGAUGGGAUAUAUCCUAGGUGGCUCGUCUUUGUGAAGACGAUCAGAUGCUCAUCUGAUGAAAGGAAUGACUACUUUGCGGAACUGCAGGAGUCGGCGCGCACGGACGUGGAACGGGCAUUUGUCGAAUAUGAAGGUGUACAGCUGAUUAGUUGGGCCAAUGACGAUGCUGAUGAAGCCAGUCCCAGCCACGACGUGGUUACCCCCAACGUACGAAUGAGAGUACCUCACUAUGAAGUCGGCCGCCUCAAGGAACAUGCCGACAUGCGCCAAGUUGAUGCUCAUAUUCGACUCCAAAAGGAUUUAAUUGAAGAGUUGUGGGCGCGGAAGACUGAACGACGAUAG